AUGGAAAGAAAAAUAAGAAAAACGAAGAUCUCAGAGAUGUAUUGCAAGAAAGCACCGCGAAUAAUCUCUAGAGGUCGACUGCGUCACGCAAAUGAUUCAGCCAAAAACGGAAAAGAAUGUGUUAAUAACGAUUUUGAAAUGGAUGAUGAAGUUGGGGAAGGGUUCGUAGUUCGAGGUGGAGUAAUGAUGCCGGUCGCUGACGUAAAUAAAGAGCAGUGGAGACCAAUGAAACGAUUCUAUAUCGAUGUUAAUCGGUCGCAGAUUUAUCAGCAUGCUCAAGCUCAUGAUAGUAUAUCAAUGGAUGAUGAGGCUAGUUCAUCCCGUGUCACCAUUGAAGUUUCUGCGCUACCUGGCGACGGACGAAUGUUCCAUCUCUGUGAUAAUCUUCCAGAUGUGGCGAAUGAAGUGGAGUCGUACCCUUGUCGUUUCUGUCCUGAUCGUAUUUUUUUGACGUCAUUUGGUCUGGAACGACAUACUGAAAUGGAACAUAAGAAACACCUUCCUCAAGUUAUGGAAGAAAUAUCAAGGAUUCAUAAUGAGUGGAGGAGGAGAGAGACAUUCAAAGCUGUAGCUAAGAAGCGACGUGAGGCGUUAAAAAAGACAAGAAUGUUAACGGAAGUUGUAAGACGUUCUCAAAGUUUGCGAUCCGAAGACCGUUCUACUGAUAGAUAUUACACAAGUGGUUUGAGGUGUCAUAUUUGUGGUAUCGGUUUUGAAGCUAAUUGCGAAUUUAUGAUGAAUCAUUUUCGUGCCCAUCGCAAAAAUGACGACUUAAGACGGCAACUAUUGGCAAAUUUUGGUCCUUCGUAUGUUGCACGUUGUACUUGCCACCAGUGUCAUUUGGUUUUUAUCAAUGAAAAAAAUUUGAUGCUGCACGAAGAGUCAUCACACUUUAGAAAACGAAAAUAUGUAUGCAAAUGGUGUGGUUUUGUGUGUUUGUCGGUGAAUGAACUGAAUGAGCAUAAAAAGAAUGUACACAGUGUACCAUGCAGUCGAUCUUCUGUCAGUGGUACAAUAAGCAAUCUGCAAAAGAAUACUGUGCAACUGAUCGCUGCUGAUGAUAAUUCAGCAGAAAAAGAAACAUUUUCUAGGAGCGGCUUUGCAAAUAUUUCUUCAGGAAAUUGUGCCUUUAUGCUGAAUCAAAAUCCAUGCAUAACAAAGUGUAGCGAGUGUGGCUUGACUACUGUGAAGCCAUCAUUACUUAUACGUCACAUGCAACGUGUGCAUAAUAAGAACUGCUUCUCAGCGGUAAUUGAAGUGAAAGGUUUGCCUAAUAUUAGAGUGGACAUGGAUCGUGGAAAAGUAACUUGGUGGUGUUGCAACUUUUCUUUUGAAGACAGGUAUCGUUUUAUUCACCAUAGAAAAGCACAUCAUCAAGUGGUGCUUGAAUAUAAUCAUUUGCAAAAUUGUCCGGUUAAUACUAAAGAGCAAGUUAUUACUACUCAUGAAACAAAUGGCAGAGAAUUAAUGAGUAUGGGACAAAUUGUUCAGUUAAUCAAUCCUGACGAAACCCAGCAUGAUGAAUUGUAUGUUUUGAUGGCAGAAGAGGACGAUCUCGAACAAGGAGGUGAAAUUGUUUUACGAGAAGUGCGAGCAGGUGAACCGAUAGUAGAAGGUGCACAGCAGAUUACUCUGACGGCUAGGGAAUUUAUGCAGUUGAAGCAGCAAGUUGGAGAAAACUUUGAUGGUGGCAUGCAAAUUUUUCUUGACGUGAAUGACGCACAGCAACUAUCACCAAAUUCUGGAGUGGAACCAGCAAUUGAUUUCGUCGCAAACAGUGUGGUGGAUAACGAUGUCCUGAAUUCCUUGCUUAUAUCAAGUACACAAUUGCCGUCCACAGAUAACAAAUAUUAUCCCAGUACACACUCAAAUGAGUCAGAAUUUUCUGUAGUGAAUGUUCCCGUUCCUAUAGAAGACAAAGUACUGCAGAACGACUUACCUCUACCAUCAGAAAGUUUGAUUAAUGUAGAAACGAGUUCUGCAAAUCUCUCCGUACCAACCGUAACAUUUAGUCAUGGUAGUUUGAUGGAUAAUUCUCUGAAUUGUCACUUUCAAGUUCAGAGAAAUACGCUUAAUGAACUAACAGCAGUUCAUACGGUUGCGAUUGAGCAUAGUGCGCAACAGCUUCACAAUAAUGUAGCUUGUUCUCCUACGAUAUUAUGCCCAGAGUUGGAUGGCGUUUCACGAUCAGAAUCGGGAACUUCUCCAUCCCUUAUUGUAAUUAAUAAUAAAGAAACAAUUUCGUCACCAUCUAAUAUCGAUUAUUGUUCUAUGGAAGAUUCAAAAACUAGUUUUCUGGUAAGACCAAGUAGCAGGCCUACUUCUGUUCUAGAUAGCAUCCCCACUUUGAUAGAUUUGAAUGGAAAGGAUACACUCACGACAGUAGCAGGAAAAACAUUGGUUAAGGCACCCUCUUUACAGCAUUUAUCAACAGCUACAGUUAGCAAUGAUACUAUCUCGUCUUAUAUCAAUUAA